UUUAUAGGCUACCGCUUGCAGUCGUCAGUAUUAUUAGCUAGUGAUACAGCAUUUUGGCAACUAGUUGCAAAUAUUAGUUGCAUUUGCAUUGUUUCUAUUUUUUUUUUUUUUUGUAACAAUAGCCUCUCAGCCGUGAUGGACGCACUCCUUUCCAGGCUCUUCUCCUCGGAAGAAGAAGAACUGUACAUGUUGGACUGCAUGGCUUACUCAAUGGUUUUCAUGGCAGCCUGCACUUUCGUUACUUUGCUUUUCGAAAAUGUCCCAUACGGACGAUAUGCUACCAGCAAAUAUGGAUUUCCGGUUAAUGUCAGGCUUGCUUGGUUCGUUCAGGAGCUGCCUGCGUUCCUGGUGCCUUUGUGUCUGGUAGUUUGGACGUCCUCUGCGAAAACCUCACUAUUGCCCAACCAGCUGCUCAUUGCCAUGUAUUUCUGCCACUAUGUUCAGAGAUCCCUUAUUUAUCCAUUUUUAAUCCGAGGAGGUAAACCAACACCAUUCGCCUCAUUUGUCCUGGCCAUUGUUUUCUGCAUCUAUAAUGGAUACAUGCAGAUCAGGUACCUGAGCCAUUAUGCUGAGUACCCAGCAUAUUGGGUUACACAUCCAUGCUUCAUCGCAGGGUCCUUGCUGUGGUUGGUCGGGUGGCUGGUGAAUGUGCACUCCGACCGCAUCCUGAGGAACCUGAGAAAGCCCGGAGAGACUGGUUACAAGAUUCCCACAGGCGGAAUGUUUGAAUAUGUGUCUGGAGCCAACUUCUUAGGUGAGAUAACCGAGUGGGCUGGCUUCGCUCUGGCUAGCCACUCUGUUCACAGUUCAGCUUUUGCCAUCUUUACCACAGUGGUCCUCGCCAGCAGGGCUGUGGCCCACCACAAAUGGUACCUCGCUAAGUUCGAAGACUACCCUAAAAGUAGGAAGGCACUGAUUCCCUUUCUGCUCUAAAAACAAAGGUUACUAGAAGCCUGAAAAGCUACUGGUUCUUACAGUGGCUAAGAAUAACAUUUGCACAAUACAUUCUUAUAAUGUAGGAAAGCUGUUGUUGUUUGUUUUACUGAAAACCGAAUGAAUCACAGGAUGCAUGCUUUUAAAUGCUCUCAUCUGAGCUGCAAGCAAGCAACGGCUAAAAACCAUCAUCUUAAAUGGAUUAGUAUCAUUACCUUUGCUCAUUACUUUGUUAAUAAUGUCCAUAAAGCACAAAAUAACCUCAACAACCAUGAACUGAAUGUAUUGAAAGCGCUAUGUUUGCUGGAGAGGCAACAUUCAGCGCCCCUCCAGAGGAAAUAAGCUAUCAAAUGGAGUAUACCUCAACAGUAAUACAGUGGAUUUAUAACACUCGGCACCAGCAAGAAAGACUUUUAAGACUCUCCACUGAUAUUCUCCCAGAUGGAACAUAAACUUGGAAAUGCAAAGCAGACGCUUAAAAAGUUUUUCAUUCACUCUCGAGUCAUCUGUUGCAAGUGCAUCUUUUUAACAUCCAUUUGAAUUGCACAGAUGAAAGACGAAGGACCUCGAAUGAAGUCUCAAUACAUUUCCCUACCUCAUCUUGCUGUGGGUAAAUACUUUUUUUACUACUCGCCUCAUCAUCUCAAACUCCUGGAAAGAGAAGCCCCUUUGGAACAAAGGGUAACUGCAUCGCUGUCCUGUAAAGACUUGAGACUGUAGCAGGCCUGUCCACAGCUCCUGGGCCGCAGGGAAAUCAAGCAUGGCCCUCAAUAACUCAGCCGUGCCUGAAAUGAGAAGAUAGCGUUGCCUCAACACGUCACUGCUGCCGGGGCUUCUGAGAAAGGGAGCAAAGAAGAACUGGUGGAGAGAUGAAUGAGUUAUGUUCAAAGCAGGAGCACGUUUGACCUAAACGACACUGAAUGGAUGAGCUUGUGUGUGUGACUGAAAGAAAAGAGGGAGCCUGGGAGAGAAGAUAAGAAAAUUAAACAUUAGAAUUGAUCUUAAGAUUCUGUUUUUGUUUCAUAAUCCCUUUUACCAUGAGCUAAAUAAUCUUAUGAGUGGGAGUUGGGACUUUCCUGAAAUCAUUUCUUAUUUUAUAGAUCCUAACAAUGUGAUCUGCCUUAUGUUCAGUAUUUCUCACAAUAGGUUUAGAUAGGAAACAAGUGCAAUUAUCUCAUCAACUUUUUCACAAGUUUAAUUCGUAUGCAAGUGAAAAUGACAUGAUUGCACCGAAGCUGGGUUUAUACUGAAGCGUUCCCUAUCCCAUAAAGUGCCAGCUGCAGUUUCCUCCCAUAACUCUUAAUCAGUUCUCCCUUUCCAGUCACAGCCAAGGCCACGUCAUUAUGAAUUUUAUUAAUGUGUUGUAUUUGAAAAGAAAUAUAUAUUUUGUCGUUUUUACACAUGGCCUCAUCAAUAAAUAAUAGGACCUCUGUGUCUGAGUGUGAUGAAGAAUGAAGGCUGCGUGUCGCUGAAGGCUAUGCAGAGUGACAUCCUUCAUUUUCGAGGUCCCCACUGUCUCUCUCUCUCUCUUCCAGGCUAUUUCCUCUGUGUAUCCUCUUUGUCCACGCUUCGUGUAAUUGCAUCUCUAUAUUACACAGCCAGUCUUUACUGAGCCUGCCAUCUGACUAUAAUACCAUUCAUCUUUAGGCAGGCGCCAACGGAUUUUCUUUUUUAUAUGCUAAGUAUUUCAGUGAACUGGCUUUUAACUCCUCAAACAUAUUCAUUCGCUGUUCUGAAAUAUUGUUUUUACAUAUGCCAACCUGGGCCCCCUAUAGGAUAGGAAAGCAAAGCAAAAGCAGCAGUAGACCUGCAAUGUCACCUCGUACAGACAAAGAUAGAAUAGCUUGAACACUUCUUCAAUUAUAGUGUCAGUUAUUCUUUCCUUUUUUUAUGGCUGCUGUCACGUAGGGGUGUUUAUGAGGUUUUGAGAAUUUAAGUUGUCGUUAAAACGCCAAAUGUAAGCUCUAGAAGAUAAUGAUUUUUGUUUUGCAAGUUCUUUUCAGGAAUUAGACCAUGAGAAACAGUCAGCUGAUCAGAGCUAACUAUUCUGGCUAUACACAAGAGUAGGUCAGUUGAUUUAAUAAUGUAAUAAAAUGUUUAGAUCAAUAUAACUCAUUACUGAACUUAGUCAAAUUACCAUACGAUGCUGAUUUCUUUUGAUCUUUAUCUUUGGCCUUUGCAUCCCAUGGCCUUUUUGUGUGUGUUUGGAUUGAUCAAAUUUAGUAAGGAUCCUCCCCCUCGGUUUCCAAACCCACCGAUAGGUGUCAUCAACAAUUAUGCUCUAGUUUACAUAACACACAUGACUGGCUGGUUUGAAAUGUGUGAAAGCCUGAUAUGCAAAAAGCAAAAAAUAAAGCAACGCAUUCAAACGAA